AUGCUCAAACCGGAGAAGGGGAAGGCGCCCGGGCGCUGCCCCGCAGGGAGGGCGAGGCUCGGCCGCGCCGAAGGCUGGCCCGCCUCGCAGGGCCGUCGUGGGCGUCAGGGCGGGGGGGAGCGGCCGCCCGGCGGCGGCAGGGUUAAGCGGCACACCUGCCGGGCUGCCUUGCGCCGCUUUGGCCCCACCUUGGCCGCGGCCGAGCCCGAGGGGAGGAGGAGGAGGAGCCCGCGCCGGGCGGCCAGUCCGCGCUCCUGCCCAGCCGCGCCCAGCAGCAGCAGCAGCGCCCAGGCUCCGCAGCCCCGCCGGCUCCGCCGCGCCGCCGCCCUCGCGCGGAGAGCCUUCAGCAUGUUGCAGUGGAAGAAAACCGUCUACAAAAGUGUCCUAUUGUCCUUCGUGCUGGUUGUCGCAGUGACAGUGCUGCAAAGAGGGAUGACCCCAAACCAGUUCCUUCAAGGCCAGCAACAGAAAGAACUCCUUUCCCAGGAGCCCGUGAAGGCUCAGAAGAGAGAUAAUGUCCUCUCGGUGGCCAACAACUUCUGGAAGAAGGAACUGGAACCUGUUACCAAAACGGCCAAGGCGAUGGUGAAGCAGGCAUCGACUUGGGAUGUCACCACCACCAACUGCACCGUCAACCUCAAUUUCAGCAAAGACGACUGGUUUAAAGGGCUGGAACCCAACUUCAAGCAGUUUCUCCUCUACCGGCACUGCCGGUACUUCCCCAUGAUCAUCAAUCACCCUGAGAAGUGUAGCGGCGACAUCUACUUGCUGAUCGUUGUGAAAUCCAUCAUCACUCAACACGACCGCCGGGAGGCCAUCCGGAAGACCUGGGGCCAAGAGAAGGAGGUGGACGGCAAGAAGAUCCGCACGCUCUUCCUCUUGGGCAUCGCCUCCAAGGAAGAGGAGAGGGCGAAUUAUCAGAAACUGCUGGAAUACGAGGACCGCAUCUACGGCGACAUUUUGCAGUGGGACUUCUUGGAUAGCUUUUUCAACCUCACCCUCAAAGAAGUGAAUUUCCUGAAGUGGCUCAGCAUCUACUGCAACAACGUCCGGUACAUUUUCAAGGGGGACGACGACGUGUUCGUCAGCCCGAACAACAUUUUGGAGUACCUGGGAGACCAAAAGACGGGCCACCUCUUCACGGGCGACGUCCUCUUCAAGGCCCGGCCGAUCCGCAAGAAGGAGAACAAGUACUACAUCCCCAACGCUUUGUAUAGCAAGCCGCACUACCCGCCCUAUGCCGGCGGGGGUGGCUUUGUUAUGGACAGCCCGUUGGCCCAGAAGCUCCACAAGGUCUCGGAAACCCUAGAGCUGUAUCCCAUCGAUGACGUCUUCCUCGGCAUGUGUCUGGAGAUCCUGAAGGUGACGCCCGUGGCCCACGCGGGCUUCAGAACCUUUGGCAUCGUGAAAAACAAGAACAGCAAGAUGAAUAAGGAGCCGUGUUUCUUCCAGAACAUGCUGGUGGUUCAUAAACUCCUGCCCCUGGAUCUCCUCAAAAUGUGGGAUUUGGUUCAUAGUAACUUGACAUGCUCCAGAAAAUUAUACAUUCUUUAG